AUGAAUGGGAAGGCGGAAGUUGUGCUGAAGGAAGUUCAGGGUUGGGGCUCCACCCUCCACGGUGGAUUGGCUUUUCUUGGUCAUGAUGAGAGUGAAGGAUCAUUGAAUAAAGGUAACUUUUUGGAACUUUUGCAUCUAGUUUUAGUGCAUAAUUCUGAUUACCAAAAAGUGGUUUUGAAAAAUGCUCCUGGAAAUUGUCAAUUGAUUGGUCCUUCAAUUCAAAAGGAUAUAAUUAAUGCUUGUGCAAAAGAGACAACUAAAGCAAUUAUUGAGGAACUAGAUGGAAUAAGUUUAAAUCAAGAGCUUGGAUUAAGUAGGCCUGGAGAUACUCGUUGGGGAUCACAUUUUAAAACAAUUUUAAUUUUCGUGGCGCACUUGAUGUUGUCAAUAUUUGGAAUUACAAAUGAACUAAAUUUGGCCUUGAAAAAUAUGUUACUAUGGGGAGGAGAAGCAGAAUUGAUGGUUUUUGAAUAUUCAUUGGGUAAUUUUAUUACUCAUAUUCGAUGUGAUGAGAGAUUUUGGGAUUUGAAGGAUCUAAAUGAACUUUCUAUGAAACUUGUUGAGACAAAGAAAAAUGAAACACAUUCAAGGGUCUACUUGUUGUUGAAAUUAGUGUUGCUUCUUCCAUUAGCAACCACAACCGUAGAAAGAUCCUUUUCAGCGAUGACUAUCAUCAAGAAAAAAUUAAGGAAUAACAUGGGAGAUCAAUUAUUGAAUGAUUAUUUAGUUACUUUUCUAGAAAGAAGGUAG